UGGGAAGGCGCGGUGGGGGGAGGGGUGGGCCCGGUGGGCCCCUCCUCCUCCUCGGUGUAGGCGGCAGGAGCAUGUAGCUGGCACGUGAUUGGCAGCUGGGCCGGCCAGUGAGCCUGGGGCAUGGGUGGGGCGCGGCUCCAAGCGCGAAACAUGGCCGGGCUAGGGGCUGGCGACAGCAGCGGCUACGAGGACGAAGACGACGACAGCGUGUUCAAAGCGGCCGUAGAGGUGUUCGCGAAGCUGAAGGACCUCAACUGCCCCUUCCUCGAGGGUCUUUAUAUCACAGAACCAAAGACCAUUCAGGAACUGCUGUGUAGCCCCUCGAAGUACCGCUUGGAAAUCCUGGAGUGGAUGUGUAUACGGGUCUGUCCGUCCUGGCAGGAAAGGUUCAGCUCACUGAAGGGGACCCCAGCCGAGGUGAAGAUCCAAGAGAUGGUGAAACUAGGCUACGAGCUGAUGCUGUGUGGGCUGGAUGACCACGAGCUCCUGAAGGGCCGGGCCUGCGCCCAGAAGCAGCUACACUUUAUGGACCAGCUGCUGGAUGCAGUCCAGAGCCUGAGCAUUGGAUACUCCAGCUGCUCCAGUGUGCAGGAGCACUUUGAGGACACCAGGGAGAAGAACGAGGAGCUGCUGGGGGAGCUCUUCUCCAGCUUCCACCUGCAAACGCUCCUGAGCCCCGACUGUGCCCUGUGGUCCCUGGACAUGCAGACCGUCCUUGACGAGCAGGAUGAUGACUGCCAGAGGCCCAGCCUCUCUGUGGAGUUGGAAGAGGAGGAAGAGGAGGAAGAGCAGGAGGAGGAGGAGGGGGAGGACGAAGAAGGGGAGAAGGUGGUAGAACUGGCCAGGCAGCUGCAGGAGAGUGCGGCCAAGCUGCAGGCACUGCGGUCGGAGCGCUUCAUGCACAACAAGCCAGGGGUCACUGUGAGCGAGGCCAACACCAGCACCCUGGACCAGAAGCUGCGCCUGGUCAUCUCUGACUUCCAGCAGCUCGUCGUAGCUUUCCUCCAGGUCUAUGAUGAUGAGCUGGGUGAGUGCUGCCAGCGCCCAGGCCCUGACCUCCACCCGUGCGGCCCCGUCGUCCAGGCCGUGUACCAGACUCUGACUUCGUGCAGCCAAAUGUUGGAAGUGGUGGUGGAGGUCACUGACACCUCGGCUAAAGCUGUGGGGAUGGUGAAGCAGCAGCAGAGUGAGCAGAUCUGUUGGGGCAGCAGCAACUCUGUGAUGAGUCUAGAGUCGCAGAACCUAUCGACGACAUUAAGGGAGGACUUACUGUAUCAUGUCCAAAUGAAAACCAACGCGGAGAAAAACAAGCAAACACUCUUAGAAGUUAAAAAUGCUUGCCAAAGUGUUGAAAGAUCAAUGGAAAGAGUAGAAAACAAAAUGAGGCAACCAAUCUGUAAGAAUAGAAAGAAAAGAGAUAAAAUGAGGACACAGAUAAUCGACGCAGAGGCCCGACCCAGGUGGCUAACAGGCUCUUCACAGAAAGAGAGGAAGGAAAAUGGAGGGUGGAGGUUACCAGUGAAGCGACGGGCAUGAGAGCUGAGGGGCCACAAAAAUGGAAGAACUAACCCAGAAAUACAAGCUCUUCAACGAUGGUCUGCACAAAGACAUGGAGUAGUCCGGGAGAUGGAAGCUGUGCCCCAAAGAGCCAGGCGGCCGGGGAGGACCGAGCCAUUGGGGGGGAGAAGCAUUUACAGCCCCCAUGUUCUCCAGGCACGGCCUCUGGCUGGCUGCGCCUUCAGCUCCUUCGUGGGGGGAGGGGCAAGGGCAGAAGUGGAACAGGGCAGUGUGAGCUGCAGGGAAAAAGAACGGCAGUU